UUGCAGAACGAAGAUAAGGACAACCAGGGUGAAGCAAAGAAAAAGGAAACAGACAGUAGAAACAGGGACAGAGACAAUUUGGAAACCGAGUGUUGGAAGGUAGCCAUCCCGGGCACAGGCCAACCUUGGGUUGAAGUCCUCACACCCGACUGGGAUCCCAGAGGCCUGGGGCCAGCUCUGAUGUUGGGAAAGCUUGCCCUGGACAGGAAAGUCCGGCUGCAAACCCCAUUCUCAGCCCUGCACAUAAAAGCCACCAUGGACCAUCGAGGCACUGUUGCCCAAGUGGAGACUGCUCUGGACACCUCCCAGGGGACACUGGACAGCAGCACCUGCAGCAGCACGAGGCGCAGAGAGUGCAUUGCAGAGAGGAGUGAGGGCAGAGGCCAAGGCGAGGAGGGGGCCGGUUCCCGCUCUCUCCCCCUGUGUGUGCUGCGCCUUCAGGCUCCGAGCAUCGCCUCCCCUGCGAGCCUAACCCAAGGCGGGGGUCUGGACGCGCGGGACCCUCUCUUUGGUUUCCCUGACGUCUCUCGCCUGCUGCAGAAGCAGAGAUGCGGCCGAGUGUCUGGGCCGCGGUGGCCGCCGGGCUGUGGGUCCUGUGCACGGUGGUCACAGCGGCCCCCCGGCGCUGCCUGCUCUCGCACUACCGCUCGCUGGAGACCCGGACGCUGGCGGCGGCCAAGGCGCUGAGGGACCGCUACGAGGAAGAGGCGCUGAGAUGGGAGCCGCGCAACUGCUCCUUCCGCCCCAGGAGGGAUCCUCCGCGGCCGUCGGUGAGGCCCGGGAGCGGGCGGGGAAGGCAUGGACCGGGCGCGGCCCCCUCUAACGCCCUCUGGUCCCUGCAGUCCUGCGCUCAGCUCCGCCACGUGGCCCGGGGCAUCGCGGACGCCCAGGCCGUGCUCAGCGGCCUGCACCACCCGGAGCUGCUCCCCGGCGCCGGCCCGAUCCUGGAGCUGCUGGCGGCCGCGGGGAGGGACGUGGCGGCCUGCCUCGAGCUGUCACGACCAGGCUCCUCCAGGAAGGUCCCCGGGGCCCAGAGGAGGCGUCACAAACCGCGGAGAGCUGACUCGCCUCGGUGUCGCGAAGUCAGCGUGAUCUUCAACCUCCUGCGCCUGCUCACGUGGGAGCUCCGACUGGUUGCUCACUCCGGGCCUUGCCUCUGACCCCGCCCCCUCCGGCACCACCUAAACCUCCACGCCAUUGGCUGCCGAAAGCGGCUCCUGUCGCCCAUUGGAGUGACCAGACAAGGCUCUCAGCCAAUGGGUGCUGAGGCACGAGAACUUCUUUGCAGCUUUGGGCCUGACUUGGAUCC